UAUAGUACUAAUCUAUAUAUUAACGAUCGUCUGGUUAAAACGCGAUCCCUGCGCAAUUUUUGACGCAGUUUACAAAACGUUUCCAUUUCGAGCGGUUCCUCAGUUUCGGCGCGCUUUUCCGUGUUUAGGUGUCAGAGGUAAAAGGGGCCGCAGUUAAACUCGACCUUGCACCACCUAAACCACCCGUUCAGCCGGCAGUUUGAAGGUAAAAAACCACUAAAACGGCUACAGCGGUGCAACGCAUACUGCAACUGUUGAUGCAACGGCAGCUCAAGCUGCUGCGAAAGUUCCACCAGGUGACUGCAUUGGCACAAACGUUAAGCAUACGCCCCGAGGCAACGACAAAUUAAUUAAAAGUGAGAGCUAAAGUCGCAAGCGAAAAGUAAAAAGUGGAAAGUGAAAGCUGCUGCCAAGGCGCCAAAGUGUCGAGUGCAAAGUGUUAGAAACCAGCAUAAACCUGGGUAACUUGUGGCUUAUUAUUAGAGAUUACCUCUUCACCAAAAUGGGUCCAUCGAAUAUGACGGCAGCCGUGCACGGCACCGAGCUGCCACCGAAGACCACGGAGCGCAGCGAUGCCCCCAUCGAGUUGACCGGAUAUCGCAAAUGGCUCUGCGAUAAUCUCAUGCUCCUCGUCACGCUCUCCGGCGUCAUGCUGGGCGUCAUUCUGGGCCUCUCGUUGCGUCCGCUGCAUCUGCACGAGGACUCUAUCAUGCUGAUCUCGUAUCCGGGCGAGCUGUUCAUGCGCGUGCUGAAGCUAAUGAUUCUGCCGUUGGUAAUCUCCAGCCUGAUUGCCGGCUCGGCCAGCUUGAAUGCCAAGAUGAAUGGCAAAAUUGCGCUGCGCACGCUCUUCUAUUUUGCCAGCACCUCGCUGUUCAACGCGGCGCUGGGCAUUGCUCUGGUGCUGCUUAUCCAUCCGGGUAAUCCGGAUUUGCACAGUGCGGACGAUCAUGCGUCGGACAGGCGGGCGGUCAAAUUGUUGGAUAGCCUCUUGGAUUUGGGCAGAAACGUAUUUCCGGACAACCUAUUCCAGGCAUCGAUACAGCAGGCGCACACCGUCUACUUGCCCAAGCCGAGCGUGGUCCACAGCCCGAAUGAAACGGUGACAAAUGAUACGGCUGCGGCGCUGUUGCAUGGCGUGGAGGCGCAAAGACAGCUGCCGGAACUGGAGGAGGUGGUGCUGGUGCGGGACGUACAAUAUCGCAGCGGCACAAAUACUUUGGGCAUUGUGUUCUUUUGUCUUGUGUUUGGCACCGUACUGGGCACCAUCGGGCAGAAGGGUCAGGUCGUUGUGGACUUCUUUGCGGCCGUCUUCGAGGUGAUCAUGAAAAUGGUGACGUGCGUCAUGUGGCUGACACCGGUGGGCAUCAGUUCGGUCAUCGCUGGCAAAAUACUGAGUGUAGAUAAUCUGAGUCUGGUGAUGGCGCAGCUCGUUUGGUUCAUCAUAACUGUGGCCAUCGGUGUGGUGAUCUACCAGUUCAUUGUGAUGCAGUUCAUCUACUUUGUUUUCGUGCGACGCAAUCCCUUCAAGUUCUACGCGGGCCUCAUUGAGGCCAUGCUAACCGCAUUUGCCACCGCAUCAACCGCCGCCGCCUUGCCGCUCACAUUCCGCUGCAUGAACGAGAAGCUGCGCAUCGAUCCGCGCAUCACACGCUUCGUCCUGCCCAUUGGCUGCAACAUCAACAUGGAUGGCACCGCUCUCUUCAUAGCCGUCGCCUCCAUCUUUAUAGCCCAGAUGAGCGGCAUGGUACUCGGCUUUGGCGAACUCCUCACCGUCCUGCUCACCUCCACGGCGGCCUCCAUGAGCUCGGCCAGCGUACCGAGCGCGGCUCUGGUCCUGCUUCUAGUUGUCCUAACCGCCAUUGAUGCACCCGUUCAGGAUGUGACGCUGCUCUUCGCCGUGGAUUGGUUUGUAGAUCGCAUUCGCACCACCAACAACAUGCUCGGGGAUUGCUAUGCCGCCGCCGUCGUCGAGGAGCUGUCCCGCAAGGAGUUGAUGGCUCUGGAUGCCGCUGCUGUCAAUUAUCAGGAUCUGCCCGCUGGCACGCCCAAUGGACUGCAUGUUGGCCUGCUCGAGGGUCAAACGGAGCUGGAAUCGCCCGGCAAAUGCCAGUUGAACGAUGCUGUCGUCGUGGACAUGAACGCCGUCAUGAACAAUGUGAAUCUGCAGCAGGAGCAGAGCAAUCGACGGGUCUAAGCCGGAUAUGGAUGCAGUAUGCAGCACCAGCACGUAGAGUACCACCAAUAGACCACAGUGUUCCCCCCAAUAACAACAACAACAGUAACAACAACAACAACACCUUUUGAAAGACUUUUUUUGAUUUUUGAUGAAGCCACU